CGCAGCCGGCGGCGGGACCGCCACAGCCCCGUCGGCCAUGAACUCGGGACCAGAGCCCCGGACACCCCGGACAUUAUUCAGCAUCGCCGACAUCCUAGGCCCGCGCCUGAUCCCCCGAGGACCCUCUACGUCCCAGCUUCCAGAGUCGAGUCCUGGUCCCACGUCGCCUCUGUGCGCGCUGGAGGAGCUGACUAGUAAAACUUUCCGCGGAUUUGACUGGCACGCUCCGGAGCCCUCUGAAGGCCGCGCCGCCCCGAGUGCUCUGGGCCCUGGCCAGGCUGGCCGCAGACGGCGAAAGUCACGCACGGCGUUCACUGCGCAGCAGGUGCUGGAGCUGGAGCGACGCUUCGUCUUCCAGAAGUACCUGGCGCCUUCCGAGCGCGACCGACUGGCGGCGAGGCUCGGCUUGGCCAACGCACAGGUUGUCACGUGGUUCCAGAACCGGCGAGCCAAGCUCAAGCGCGACGUGGAGGAGAUGCGCGCCGACGUGGCCUCGUUGCGCACGCUGUCCCCCGAAGUUCAGUGCCGCCUCUCGCUGCCUGACGGCACCCCACGCCCCGUCCCUGGCCGGCCUGACUCCGGGCCCCACCUGUCAGAAGAGGAGAUAAAGGUGGACUAAUGAAGGCAAAGCCGCCGCCGCCCUGGGCACCUGGAUCCCCGACUCCUUGCCUCCGUGCUCCGCGCCCUGUCUGGGUACUAGGGUGGAGGGAGGGUGUGGAUCUGGCCUCCUCUGGCUCACAGUCCAGACACUCGCUUUUCCCAAUUGUUGAGAAUAAAAUGGAGACUCAGUCGCUCGACGCCUCAAUCUUGGCGCCCCAGAGCAGUAAGAGCAAAAUCUGCCGAUUGUUGUGCAGAUUCCGCGCUUGGCUGAGCGCUUUAAACGCGAUGUCUCCUUCAAACCUCAUAGCAAGUCUAUUCGGUGAUAUAAUUAUACCCGUUUCACAAAGCAAGAAGCACUAGGUCAGGAUUUGGGCCUAGGUAUCCUGCCAGCCUUCAGAGCCAGUGCAUGUCAGCCGGACGGCACUCUGGAGACUUCGAGCUGAGGGACACGUAGCUGCGGGCGACCUACCCCUACUGACUGCCUUUAGUCGCUGGACUCCAGCAGGCCUUUGACCCGCCUCCUCCAAGACCUUGCAGCUAACCUCUGGGCUGCUCCGAAGUGACAAAGUUGUGCCUGAUCCUACCCUUUCCCCACCCUGAGGUCAUUUGUUAAUGGGCUUCAGACGAUUCCCUCACUUCUGCUGAAAGAACCCCAUGCUGAAACACAAGCUAAGUGAAAGCGGUGGGGAGAAGGGGCACAACCCUACUUCUGGGACCUCUGCCCCACACUUGGGCAGGAAAUGUUCCUCCCAGGAUAGUGGCCUUGGCAGGAGGGUGGGGAGGCUGAGUCUGGCCGUGGAGGUGGAGGCUGGAGUAGCUGCAUGGGGACCUUGGCGGGUGGAGCCAAUAGCCUACCCCCACCAGCGGACAUUUCUGAAAUUAAUUUAUUCCACUGGUAAUUAAUCACCCUCUGGCAACAUGAUGAGAAGGUAAGAGGCCUAUGCCUAUGCAGGGCCAUCACUUCAGAUCUUCAGAAGACCAUGCUUAGGUUCUUUCCUGGCUCCCCUCUCUCCGUGUCUGUCCUUCCUCCCUCCUCAGGCCUUCCAUGCUUCUGCCCAGAUGCCACAACUCAUUCUCAAGAAUGUUCUGAGAAUGAUCCAUCCAGGAUUCAAGGGGAGUCAGCUAGGGCCUCGGUUGCAAGUGGAGGUCCCAGGAGAGAAUAUUUCAGGGAGACUGAACAAUGCUGGAAGGCAGAAGGGAACCUGGCACUGUUGGACAAUAACUACCGCUUAUUGAACAUAAUUCAAGUGAUGUGCAUGGAUUAAUCUUCACAGUAAUCCCAGAAGAUAAUGAAAUUUUAAUUUCAUUAAAAUUUUUUUUAAUAUUUAUUUUCGAGAGAGGGACAGAGUAUGAACAGGGGAGGGGCAGAGAGAGAGGGAGACCCAGAAUCUGAAGCAGGAUCCAGACUCUGAGCUGUCAGCACAGAGGCCCACGUGGGACUCGUGGGACUCGAACUCACGAGCCAUAAGAUCCUGACCUGAGCUUAACCAGCUGAGCCACGCAGGUGCCCCAGAUUUUAAUUUCACUUUCAGUGUAAGGAGACUGAAUCACAGAAGCCCAAGAAGAUGUAGUAAUGUCAUGGAGCUUGUAAGUGCUAGGGCUGGCACUAACCUGCUUGUUUGACUCAGGGGCUCAUGCUUUUGACCACUGCAUGUUCUGUCCCCAUAACUGUGACUG